CGCGCUCGCGCCUCGCACGAAUCCAGAUGCAAGGUCAGCGCCGCGCAAAGUGGGUGACGGCGAGAUUCGAGUCGUGCCGUCGUAUCGAUUCGAUCAAUACACAUGACACCGACGACGACGUGCUCGGAUGAAAACAUUCCACUCAUUCAACCGCAUCGCAUCGAUUCACCUGGCGGCGGUGUGUGCAGUGCGUGCGCGUAUCAAAUGCCGCACACGAGCGGCUGCGCCGGCGGCGUUGUGAAGUGCACCACAGGGUAAACACCCUCGGUCAUGACGUCCACCACCAAGUGCCGCCUCAAUUCGGACGGCAGUGUCUCGCUGGCGGACAUCAUCACCUCGUUUCACUCGUCCAUCCGCGAAGAGCACGCGUGGGCGCUGUGCCAUCAGUGCGCCAAGUUCUUCGUCGACAAUCUGCGCGCGGACCAUCGGACCACCAGCUACCUGGUGACGGACAUGCAGCAUGUCUAUUUACAGGCGGACGGGAAUUUACAUCCAAACACUUUGUACCUUCAACAGCGGGAUGAUCCUCGGAAGCCAAUUGCCAACCAGUUGGAACUCAUCAACGGCUUGGGGUGCAUUAUUUAUAAUGCUUUAGAUCAAGGGACUAAUAAUGGUGAAGAGCGAACCAUAAGCAAAGACCUUGAGGAGUUGAUCAAUGACAUGGUGGUGUACGAGCAGAGUUUUCAUCAUGAGACAGACGAUGAGGGCAUUGAGAGGGAUUCUGGUGAUCCGGAUGGUGACGAUUCAGCUUCGCGCCAUCCUAAUCACAUAACACUACAUAAAAUACUAGAAAGAUGCGAGAAACAUGUGGGUAAAUUAAGUAAAACCGAAGCCGAGUCACAUUACCGCGCAGUAGUGAAAGCACUGGUAGCCGAAGCGCUCGAAUUGGCCACGUUUCUGGAAAGCGUCGCGUCCGGCAUCAACACACGUAAUGGCGACAACAGCACCAACACGGACCUGGAGCAGUUGCAAUUCGCUGAUUGGGCGCGCUUCUGGGUGCAGGUCAUGUCCGAACUGCGACGGGGUUUCAAUCUGAAGAAAGUCAACUAUACCAAGGCGCCGAUUGAAUACGAACUGACACCCUAUGAGAUACUCAUGAAGGAUAUCAGGACAUGCCGAUAUCAGCUUAGGAAAAUUAUUGUGAAUGACGACGUACCAAAAGUGAACAAAGACGCGCGUGCCAUUAUCCUCGAUUUCAUUCGAUCGCGCCCGCCGCUGAAGAAAGUCUCCGAUCGGAAACUACCACCGCGUCAGUAUACGUACACACCGCGCGAGCAACUAAUGCAUUCGAUACGCAAAGGUCGCAAGCUGCGCAAAACCAAAUUUCCGCAAUCGCCAACGAAAGCGCGACAUUUACCCACUGGCGGCGGCGGCGGUGACUCAGCGAACACAACAGCGCGCCGCCUCAUCAAAAUCGAUUUGGCGCAACUGGAUGACGACGAUGAUGAUUCUGACGACAGUUCCGAGUCCUGGCCGACGCCGGAGUUGACUCGCCUGGAGCCGUACGACUUAGCAUUAGAAACACCGCUGCGCGCUGCACCGCGAAGGCAUUCAUUGAGUGUUUGUCUCGAACCGAAUAUGGGCAGUCAAAGUGUUCCACAGUCACGACCUUGCUCGCGGCAGUCAUGUGCGAGCAACGAUACACUCGACGGUGUCUCCGUGCAGUUACCACCGGAAAUCUCCAAAGCACUGGAAGACAACUCAAAACCCUGGCAUGAAAAUGUAAGUCUGGAAGAUCGCUUAGCACUCACCCUCGAAGAAAUCGUGCAUAUUCGGAUAGUACUCACCAAGGCGGAGUUAGAAGCACUUCCGGUCGAAGGACAUGUACGCGGCGACGUUGAAAACCGUAAGGUGUGUUUCCUGUGUCUGAAAACACGUUUUGGUAUCCUCGGUCCAUGGGGGCAUCGGUGUUCGCUAUGCAAGCGUACAGUCUGCUCAAAAUGCUACUCAAAGAUGAACAUCCCCAUGGAGCAUUACUCCAGCCUGCCGGUGGUGCUACUCAGUCCGAGUAAUAUGUGCACACCCGAGGAGGAGUACUCCAAAGUGUUGAAUAACAAAAACAGCGCGAAUUCCAGCCCGCAGCCGAGCCCGUGCAAUUCGCGGCCUUCAUCAUCUCUGGAUCGGUUUCGAAAUAAAGCUCUAACUGUAACCAAACCGAAUGUUGUCGAUCGAUUGAAGGGCAGCCAGAUGCUGGUGUGCAACGACUGUAAAAUGAUGGUGCUGCAGAUCAUCAAGUCCGGACAGGCGAAUCGCAGCGCCAUCCGCAACAAACACCUGCAGAACUUGACGCUCAACUUGGAGCCGGUUUUCACGGUGCAAUGAACUAGUAGCAAUUGCAUUCACAAUUCACACUUCCAAAGAUUACAGAUUACAGGUUGCGUUGAGGGAAUUAACGAAAUGUAUAAUGACAUUAAUCGGGGCUGUGUUUCUAGUAUUGUUUAACGUUUAAGUUCCUUUUCUUCAGUAGACAUCCCACCACGGAAAAAAACACUUUGCUGCAAACAACCAACUUUAGACCAAAAUGAUCUUUCUAGUUGUCUAAGAACUAAUCGAUAAGUGAUUAAAUAGUCAAAGAUAUUUGAGGCACAAUAACCAACAAGUUAAGUAUUAGAAAAUGAGCACAGACAUGUUUAAAUCUAAUAAUAAAUGGAAACCCUAAGACUGUAAAUAUUAAUUAUAUAUUAAAGAAGAUAUCGAGUCAGAUUUUAUGUUAACGCGCGUAUAGAAUUGUAUUAUUUAUUGAUUAUUAUGCAGAAUUCAGUUUUCUUUUGUAUGAGAUAUGCAUGCUUCAAAAAUGUGUGUGGCCUAAAACUUGAUCACAAAACAAGAGUUUUUAUCCGAAUUGUGUGAAUAUAAGUCAAGUAUUUGUUUAAAGUGUCUUUAAACCAUUGCAACCACAAUACAACCAAAGAUAGAGUCUAUUAUUUUCGUAAUCAGAGGAAAACUAUGAAUAUAGAAACAAAUUGUAUAUCUGCUGUUGAGAUUUCUAAAGAUAUAUACCACGACACAAUCAUGGAUGUAGAAUAAAUGAUAUUAAUAAUGAAACUAUAUCAAUAUCAAGCACACGAAUUGCGACUCUAAGCAAAAACAUACUGAUAUAUAAGAAAUGCGUGUUGAUUGUUAAAAUUAUUGUAAGGACAAUAGAAAAGUACAAACGUUACACACGAAACAAAGACUCAAGUAGACUUCUAGGUGACAAUUCUUGUUCAAAAUAGCAUUUCGGUGGCGUUUGUGGUUUUCUACUGUCGCAAAAAUACAAAUAUCUAUUAAGGUUAAAAGUGCAUAGCAAAAAACAAACGAUAAACUAGUCUAAAACAUAAGACCUUGCUGGUAAGAACCUUGAAAACGCUUGAAACUAUGAAAUUCGACACCGAAUCAUUUGAUCUCUUCCACUUCAGUCACCAAAACUUUAUGUUUGACGCCGAAUGGAAACACAAAAAUGAACGAAACAAAAAAUAUAAAUUAUUGGCUUAAAACAA